CAAAAGCGUAAAUAAAGAGAGUAGAUUGUCUUUUUUCAAAGAUCGGAGAGAGGGUUUAAAGUUUGAAACUUGCAACUCGCUGUGUGCAUUUCAUCGCGUGGGUUGAAUUCGUUUCGUUUGGAAAUCAAAAGGAAAAGAAAAACGCAGCAUUCCCGAAUUGAGCAAGGAAAGGGAAAAGAGAAGCCUCUGAUCAAUGGCGAAGUCCAGUUCCUUAGCUAUGGCGGUGAUCUGCGCCGCCGCAAUACUGGUGGCUAUGAGUCGGUGGCCGACAGCCGAGGGAGGCGGGGACCACCACCUGGGAUUGAGAUGGGCUUCCACGUGCAGGGGGUCCAUCGGGGAGUGCCUGGGAGGGGAGGAGUAUGAGUUGGACUCAGAGAUCAGCCGGCGCAUCUUAGCCACCAACAAGUACAUAAGCUACGGUGCGCUGCAGAGGAACACUGUUCCCUGCUCUCGCCGCGGCGCCUCCUACUACAAUUGCCAACCAGGGGCUCAGGCGAACCCUUACAGCCGCGGUUGCAGCGCCAUUACGAGGUGCAGAAGCUGAAUUUUCUUUUUCUUUUUGUCCAAUGUGCUUUCUUGUUGUUAUAUAAAUUUAUUUGUUAUUCGUCAACAUUUGUGUUCAUCCAUUUUCGUAUUGCUAUUGUCAGAAUACUCUGCCUCCUCUUAAAUCUUAAUACCAGUAUUAUUGUUAUUAUUUGGA